CUGUGCUCGGCGGCAGCAGCAGCUGAAUGAAGCAGACGGGAGGAAGUGGCGGUUAAUGCAGCUCCACACCUUUCCGGUGUAGCAGCACUGCGACCAGCUCGACUGAAGGGAGAGAGGCGAGGGGCUGGUGCGUCUAUCGAGGCAGGAGGGGGAGACAGGAGGGGGACGAGAAGUGGAGUCUGACGACUGGACAUACUGGUGUUGCCGAGGCGACGAGAUCGCUCUGUUUCCGUCCGCCGAAAGUUCCCGCGGCUUCCGUGCACGGCGAAGGAACCCGGCGGAGCGCCGCGGUGGAGGAACCGGAGUGAGCGGCGUUUCUUUCUGCUCGGGCAGCGGCGAGGAGAACAAGGGCGCACCCGGUGAGGAGGAACCGCCAGGCACGCGCGCACACACACAGACACACAGACACGCGCGCGCACACGAAGGGGAUUCACAAGGAGCGGGGCUGGUGUACACACGGUGCCUGUAGUGUGUUUGAAUCGCCCCGGCCUGCGUGUGUCACGUAGAUCCGGCCCGAUGAGAGAGUCGGUCACCAGCUGCCGCCAAGUUCCCCAGUGUAACCGUGCCGUGCUGUGUACAGGCCCUGGACACAUCCAGACACUCUGAACACAGGUGACCUGCACCUCACGGCAUCCUGACGCAGACUCUCUCCAGGGAGAAGGCCCCCGUUAGUGAGCACUUCUGACAGUCAUGUCCUCCCAAGUGAGCCCAUAGUCUCGAACUUGAAGCCACAGUUACACUCAUCACAGCGCGGCGUCUGACGUUCAUUUUUCUGGUUGGGAAGGAAGUAUUUAUGCACCAGAGUCCAAGAUGGGGAAAAUGCUCUCCAAGAUAUUCGGCAACAAGGAGAUGAGAAUAUUAAUGCUCGGACUCGACGCAGCCGGGAAGACGACAAUCCUUUACAAACUGAAACUCGGACAGUCCGUCACCACGAUCCCCACGGUGGGCUUCAACGUGGAGACCGUCACCUACAAGAACGUCAAGUUCAACGUGUGGGACGUGGGCGGCCAGGACAAGAUCCGCCCCCUGUGGCGACACUACUACACGGGCACCCAGGGGUUGAUCUUCGUGGUGGACUGCGCGGACCGGGAUCGCAUCGACGAGGCGAGGCAGGAACUCCACCGCAUCAUCAACGACCGGGAGAUGCGGGACGCCAUCAUCUUGAUAUUCGCCAAUAAGCAAGACCUGCCGGACGCCAUGAAGCCGCACGAAAUCCAAGAGAAGCUCGGAUUGACCCGCAUCCGAGAUAGGAAUUGGUACGUUCAGCCCUCCUGUGCGACCACAGGCGACGGACUCUAUGAGGGCCUGACGUGGCUCACCUCAAAUUACAAAUCUUAAUGAUUUGAGUGCUGACUGUUUUAGGUCAAAACUAUAAUAAAAGUUGCAAGUAACAAAUAACAUCUCAAAAUGAGUAUGGUUAAGAAAUAAAAAGUUGAUUAUUUCCCAUUUAUUUUUUAAUACCUUUUACCCCCCACGACUAAUUUAUCUUUAACUGGGUUUUUCUGGCUUGAAGUUUGCUUGUGCUCUGUAGCAAGCUUGACUCACGUUCAUUAUUUCUGGGGCUUGCUUGACGAAUAAUGAAUGACCUGGUCCAAAUGUUAAAGCCACAGAGUUCACCGCCUUUGCCUCUUCUUCUUUUUCCUGUUUUAUAUCAUUUUUCUAAUGAAGCCAGGGGGUUUUUAUCUUUCAUGAACUGCGGCUUGUUUCAAGGCUCUUCGUUCUCGGUUGCAUUGAGCUUGGUCCUUGUUCUUUUUCUUCUACGGUGCGAUCUUUCAUGUCACGUAGCCUGGAAAGACUUUGACACAGUAAUGUGAUGAAAAGUAUAUCUUCUCAAUGGUGUUGACAGCAGUAAAGGGAGAAAAAAAAUCACCAUCGCUUAGAUUUCAUUAUCAUCCGUCUUGACACCAGAGGGGGAAAAAUGACUUUGGACAUGUCUGGUUACCCCUCUCAAUCCUCUUAUGAGGGCUAUAUAGUUAACUGAUUGACCUUUUGUGUCACGUCUUGAUACUUACUUGUGCUGAAUAUUCAACAAAUAGGCCUCCAGUAACUCUUAAACAUGCUUGUUGGGAUGCAGUUUUAAUUUUAGGGUAACACGUAGUCAAGUCGACUCGAAUCUUUCCAAAGGAAUGUCAUUCAGCUCUGAGCUCUCUCAAUCUGAUACUACGGUUGAUUAGUCUCAGUAUUGGGACAUUAUAUGAUAGCCUAUAUCUGUAGCAUGAGUACGAAAGUACAGUAACCCUACAUCAGAGUCCACCUGUCGUGCAGUCAGAGGGAGCUGUCCACCGGUGACAUGUUGACAGACACCCUGCGUUGCAGCUCUUACUCCAAUUUUGACUGGGGGGGAACCAUGAACAGAACAAUGUCAUUGUAAUGUCUUAUUAAAAAAGUGAUUUUAAAUCUG